GCUUGCAUAAGGACCGUGGACCGUGGGGACGCGCAUCACACAAGGAGGUCUGAGUGGGGCAAGACAGAUACAGCCGAGAUCGACCCGAGUUUUCUGACCGGAGCAAGUCAUUGGUUCUUGAGACAAGACUAAAACACUUAAACUAUGUGAGAAACUUUACCGUGCGGUUUUCCAGUUAAUUUGGAUAACUAUGGUUUGCUACAGACAUUGGUCUCCAAGCUGACAUUUCAUUAAGCAUCCGAUUGUGCAGGGCUUUACUCGCUCAACGUGAUGGAUACAAAUGCAUUCGCAGUGUUUAAACUUUUUAUGAUUGGAGUAUUGGUGAACAGCUGGACGGCGAGGGGCUUGUCAGCCACACACAACCUGAGCACAGAGCUGCUCCCUCAUAGGUCCAUGGUGCCAUUGUGCAACGAGACCCACCUGCUGUGGACUAUGGAGGUGUGUGGAGAAGGCUUCAAGAGGGAGAUGGCCCACAUAGAACCCCAGAAUUGGUGCAACCUUACACACUUCAUCAGGCAGUACCACGGGUUCACGCUGUGUACGGAGAAUAAUGCAGUCAAGAUCAACUGCUUCUGGCCCAACCCUCUGGCCGAGAGUUACAUCAUCCGCAUCCACAAGCACUUCUUCUCCAACUGCACCCUGGAAAGGAUCAUCUGGGUGGACCCCCCGGACGACACCCUCACCAUCCUCAUCCUAAUACCAGUCUUCCUAACGCUGGCUAUGAUCGCCCUGGUGGUGUGGUGUAGCAAGCGCAGUGACAUCAUGGCCUGAUGGAGGAGGAGGAAGGGGAGGAGGAGGAGGAAGGGGAGGAGGUGAGGGCGAAUGAGAAUGAAGCACACCCUCUCUCUUUCUCUCAUUCUCUCUCUCUGGUUCUAGAGCUGCUUGUGGCGUUCUAGAACCACUUGUUCAAAAACACCACUGACAUUCUAGAACAUGAAUAUGUAUAAAUGAGUUAAACAGAAAGUGGGACACCACAGACCAUGACCACCAGGAGACACAUUUCCUAAGACGGAAGGAGCUCUUCAUUGGCCCACAGUGCUGAAAGACCUAACAGAGGAACACAACCGAUCAAACAAUGACAUUUAUUCCGCAACAUCUUCCAAUGAUAUCCAUCACUAUGACAUUUACACUGCUCUGGAUGGAGCAAGACUUGUACAGUAUAAAGGAUAACCUCUGCCCCAAAGGCAUGAGGGUAGACAAUGGGAUCUUCUGUCUCUUGUGUUGUGAUGUACCAGAGAUCUGAUAGGAACGGACUCACCUUCAUCACUUCUCUGACAUAGUGGGACUAAGACCCUUGGAUGGGCCUCUGAGACAGGACUCUCCAUGGCAGAGCUUUCAACAAACACAGGCUCACUGAGGCUCAUUGAGAGUUGCCUCGUGCAGUUAUUUCACCUCACCUGUGCCGUCUACUGUAUCAACCACACUGUCCCCCUCUCUGUUGUUACACACCAUGCUCUUUCUGUCUCUCUGAUGCUGUCUUUGCCAACUCCUUCACAGGUCCAGCAGCCAGACCAUGUGUCUGGAAAGGCUGUAUCCAAGUACCAUGACUACUGUCUGCAUGCAUCUAAAGGUCAAUCUCGCUGGAGCCAAACCUGUCCAUUCGGAGCACCUGUAAUACCCCUUAUAUCCUUGUAGUAGAUGACAUGCUGGCGUUGGUGUAUCAGACUGGCCCACAGCUUCAUGUUCUGCUUAUCCAAUCCUGAUGUAUAUUUCUGUACAGGUCAAAUGUGAAACGCAAAAGUCAUAGUCAACAAAAGUAAUGUAAACAAAUGUUUUGCCAUUAGUGUUAUCCCGCUGUUUCUUGUCACCAUCUUAUAUUGACACAGGCGGUUAGAGUCAAAGAAAGUAAUGCAGGCUCUGAAAAUUUAAACAGUUAUGAAAAAACUGAAGAAAAAAAACAUGCAGACCUAGGAGCCCUGCGCCUGACUUUAUGAUUAGUCUUUUGUCUGGAUUGUUGUCAGCUAACUAGCCGAGGCCCCAUAGAGCCUGUUCCAUAAACCUCAGCAGAGAUUUCUCUGACGCUAAUUGUGAUUUAAUCCAUCUGUUAAAUCGUUCCGUGAGUGCGGGUGGAAGGGUGGAAGAGAGAAAGCAUCCAUCACCGUCAGAAGCAGCCAAAAUUGUUCGUUCAAAGACUGCGUUUGAGCUUUUCAGAGGGAAAAAGAUUCUGUGGGGGAGUUUUGGCGUGGAGAGAACUAUGAGAUUACUGUAUUUACUUAUAUUACUAUUUAAUGUUUUAAUUAAAUGAUCUAGAAUUAGA